AUGCUGCCAUUUCGAUACCGCAACAAGACCGUGAUUGCUCAUCAACACGAACUGCCUGGCUACUCUUUUCCGACGACGGACGAUCACAACCAUAUUAUUUCGCCUCCAGAAGAUAUGAGCAGUGCUUCUAGGAAGUUUUCAUACGCCUCAGUCAAAGAAGAAGCCGGUGAUGGCUUGCCGCAGUCUUUCGAAUCGUCGCUUUCAUCCCAAGACCUAGAAGAGGUCGAAUGGAUCGCGUGGCCAUGCAGUCAAUGGUGCAGGACAAAGGGCCUUUGUUCCUACCAUUUUUCCGGCUCGCACGAAGACCACGUGCGGACCCGACUGGAAGGCUAUGCUCGUAGCAACCCUAGAAAGCUGGAGAAGAUCCUCGACGAACUAGAGAAGCGCCGCGCCGCACAGAAAUUGUUCAACCUCCCCUUCGCCAAGGAGAUCACCCAAUUCCAUCCCCAUCCAGCCAGUUUCAGCCUCGAGGUGUGGAGGGAGAGGGUACGAGACUCAGUUCGGCUCGGUGAGGGCUUCGAUGGGACGCUGGAAGGCACAGCAAUCGCCGACGACACGGAUGAGAGCCUAUCGCAGGUCUCGCGUGAAUCCCCGUUUUCGUGGCUCGAGACCAUGCCCGAGGAAGUCCUGGAACUCAUUCUCUCGUAUGUGACGGUCGAUCACACAGCCGACCCCUAUGCACGACCACACGUCGACCUGGCGUCUUGCGCGUUGGUAUCCAGAACCAUACAUGGAGCGGCCGUCAAGGUCCUGUACCGACAUGUCUCGAUGCCCCAGUCUAGGGCGUUUGCCAAGUUGAUGCGGACCUUUAAGACGGCGCCACAACUGGGCGAGCUGGUCCACUGGCUGGACUUCUCUCACUACUCGAACAUGGGUUUUGGCAGCGCUCGCAGCACCCGGAAUCAGACGCCAUUCCUCAAGCCAGAGACUCUCAAGGCCUGCCUCGAUCUGAUGCCGAAUCUGCAGGCUUUCCUCGUACACGAGCACGUGGACGAAGAACUUGAUAGCAACAUCGUGUCAACGCUCUUCAACAUGCCGCUCAUGCAGGCACUCGACUUCUGUGCCUGCUCCUCACGGCCGUUUGCCGAGGCGUUCACCAACGUGACGACCAGUCUGUCUUCUCCGCUCCCGAGCCUCAAACGACUAUCACUGCACGAGUGCACCACCUUGCAAGAACCAGUCUUCGAGGCACUCCUCCCACUGCUCACUAACCUGACACACCUCGACGUUGCGCACACCUUGAUCAACGACAAGGCUCUACUCUCAAUCCCCCCGACUGCUCGCAUCACACACCUCAACCUGGAGCGUUGCACCCAUCUCACGGGCGCGGGCGUGGUCAAGUUCCUCGCGACACAUCCCGCGGUCUGCGCGAACAUCGUCUACCUGAACCUCGCGGCAGAUGCAUCACGGCACAGACUGCUCCGCGAAGACGACGUCACAGCACUCAUCGCCUCUCUCCCACCCAGCCUCCGAUCGCUGAACCUCAACGGCGCCAAGAUCAACCCCUCACACGUCCCUGGUCUUCAGAAGCUAGCCACUCAUCUCGAGGAACUAGGCCUCCGUGGCGCAAACCUCAGCCUCGGAAGCGACAUCAUCCGCCUGUUCAGACCCUCGUCAAGCACCUCUGACGACGAACCACAGGGUGGUGACGAGCAUAAUAUUGCAAUUUCUCCUUCUUCUUCUUCUUCUUCUUCUUCUUCCUCCUCCCACCGCAGCACGCUGCGCUACCUCGACCUCAGCCUCAUCCCCUCCGUCACCCAGCUCUCCCUCUCCUACAGUCCCAACUCCCUCCUCGACGCAUCAACCCUGCCUCUCGAGGUGAUCGAACUCGGCUCCGACGUGCUCGCCGAGGUGAAGCGCCGACAAGGCAACAUCCGCAGCAGCAGCAAAGCCAAGCCGGAGUGGGUGGUCAAGGAACUGGGCCGGCGCGGGUGGUACGUCCGCCAACCCAAUCUCGAGGGAACCGUCGACGACGGAUGGCGGCCCUGGAAAAUGGGUGCUCGGUGGUGGGGCAUGAGGAAGGUGCCUGUCGUAGAGCAGGACGUUGGGGGCAUGUACGGGUAUUUCAUGUUCAAGCGGUCAUGA